CAUUCAGUUCGCCAGCAGAUCAUUCAGAAUCAUUGUCAAGUGCAAUCCGCAGCCGUAGCAGCAGCAACAGGACCAGGAACAGCAGCAACAUCCACCUAUUGCAUCUGCAGUCAUCACAGAUCACAGCGCUAGCCAAGUCUUUUACAGUAUAAACAUCAGACGAGAGCCAACAAAAUGCUGGCCAGCGAGAACUUCCCCACACAUCACUUCAAGGAAUCUAUAUUUAAGCCUUACAGUACGAGUGGCGAUGAUUUGGCAGCGGUUAACUCAUUGGCGACCACGUCGUCACCGGCUGAUUCCGCCUCCGCAGUCGCAUUCGAGACGGCCAGCAAAAUGUUGGCCACCAAUGGUAACGGCAUCACGGAUGCGAAGGAUGAUCUAUCCAGCUUUGUGGCCAGCCACCCGGCGGCGGAGUUCGAGGGCUUCAUCCGGGCCUGCGUCGACGAGAUCAUCAAGCUGGCCGUCUUCCAGGGCACCAAUCGCUCCUCCAAGGUCGUCGAGUGGCACGAGCCAGCGGAGCUGCGCCAGCUCUUCGACUUCCAGCUGCGGGAGAAGGGUGAAUCGCAGGACAAGCUGCGCGAGCUCCUGAGGGAGACGAUCCGUUUCUCGGUCAAGACGGGUCAUCCUUACUUCAUCAACCAGCUGUACUCGGGUGUGGACCCGUAUGCCCUGGUGGGUCAGUGGCUAACCGAUGCCCUCAAUCCCAGCGUGUACACGUACGAGGUGGCUCCACUGUUCACCCUUAUGGAGGAGCAAGUGCUGGCCGAGAUGCGUCGCAUCGUGGGCUUCCCCAACGGCGGCCAGGGAGAUGGCAUCUUCUGUCCUGGCGGCUCGAUAGCCAACGGUUAUGCAAUCAGCUGCGCCCGCUACAGACACUCGCCCGAGUCCAAGAAAAACGGACUCUUUAACGCGAAACCCCUGAUCAUUUUCACCUCGGAGGAUGCCCACUACUCAGUGGAGAAGCUGGCCAUGUUUAUGGGAUUCGGCAGUGAGCAUGUGCGCAAGAUAGCCACCAACGAGGUGGGCAAGAUGCGGGUGAGCGACCUGGAGGAUCAGGUGAAGAAGUGCCUGGAGAACGACUGGCAGCCAUUGAUGGUCUCGGCCACAGCCGGAACCACCGUUCUGGGCGCCUUCGAUGAUCUGACUGGGAUCUCGGAGAUCUGCAAGAAGUACAACAUGUGGAUGCACGUGGAUGCGGCUUGGGGCGGCGGUGCCCUCAUGUCCAAGAAGUAUCGCCAUCUGCUCAGUGGCAUUGAACGGGCCGAUUCGGUGACAUGGAAUCCGCACAAGCUGCUGGCCGCCUCGCAGCAGUGCUCCACCUUCCUGACGCGUCACCAACAGGUGCUGGCCCAGUGCCACUCGACCAAUGCGACCUAUCUGUUCCAGAAGGACAAGUUCUACGACACCUCCUUUGACACCGGCGAUAAGCACAUCCAGUGCGGUCGGCGAGCGGAUGUCUUCAAGUUCUGGUUCAUGUGGAAAGCCAAGGGCACUCAAGGACUGGAGGCGCAUGUGGAGAAGGUCUUCCGCAUGGCCGAGUUCUUCACCGACAAGGUGAGGGAGCGCCCUGGGUUCGAGCUGGUCCUCGAGAGUCCCGAGUGCACCAACAUCAGCUUCUGGUAUGUACCGCCCGGUCUGCGGCAAAUGGAGCGCAACCGGGAAUUCUACGACCGGCUGCACAAGGUGGCGCCGAAAGUUAAGGAGGGCAUGAUCAAGAAGGGCUCCAUGAUGAUCACUUAUCAGCCGCUGCGACAAUUGCCCAACUUCUUCCGCCUGGUGCUGCAGAACUCCUGUCUGGAGGAGUCGGACAUGACCUACUUCCUGGACGAGAUCGAGUCGCUGGCCGAAAAUUUGUAAAUCGAAGCGAAAGCAUGUUAUGAGGUUAAGUGUUGACAACAUUCUCUUUAGGCUUAUGCCGACUAUAUCUUCUAGUGUAUGGUUAACUUCUCACGUUUGUAUAUUUUUUCGGAUGUUAAGUAUUAUCUAAAACAAAGAACAAAAAUACAUAUUUAUAGGUCAUUUGAUUUAGAUUAAA